UGUUUAUAUUUCAGCUGUGAAAUGGAGGUUGCAAAGGUUACUAUGCUUAAUGAUUUAAAUAGUUAUUCAAAUAACUAUUCCAUUAGAGUGAAGAUCGUUAGCACAUCAAGGAAAAUGAUGAAUCAGAAUAAGAAUGAAACAUAUCGGCUGGAUAUGAUCUUUAUGGAUGAAAUGGGCAAUAUGAUACAAGCUAGCUGCCUUCAUAAGUUGUUAGAAAGAUUCGAAGAGUUCCUACAGCUUGAUGAAUGUAUUCAGAUUACUAAACCUUCUCUUGCUGCUAAUAAGUCAUCUUCUAAAGUGGUCAACAAGAAUGAAAAAAUAUCUUUGUAUUUUUACACUUCUGUUGAGAAAGUAGUUGACUGGUGUGGUCCGAAAUACAAAUUUAAUUUUGUCAAUCUAAAAGAUGUUGUUCAGAAUAAAGUAGAAGUUAAUACUGCUAUUGGUAUGUGUCUUACAUCCUCUUUUAGUUUGUUUGUGAUAUAUAUUAAGUUUGUUUAA